AUGUCCAAUAACGCGGCGCCGGACUCUUGGGAGGAAGACGAAUUAACAGAUUCGAGUGCUGCUGAUUUGCAACAGAAACUCAUCAAACUAAACGUAAACGCGGUAGAGUUUAUUCCGUCAUUCACCUCGUUUUCGUCCAAGUCCGAUGACGUUGACGGUGGUCCUGAAGAUGAGACUACCGGCGGUGGUGACAAGAAAACGACCAACGUGGACGGCAUAGGAGACCCGUUGGCUGGUGACACCGGCGGAGGGGCUUCAGCUGCUGUGCUUGACUCGUGGGAAGAUGGUGCUUCCAGCACUCCCGAGGACGGAACUGCCAAACCCAUUAUCGAGAUUGAUAAUGAUAUCGACAUUGACAUUGAUGUGGACUGUGAUGAAGAGAAACCUAAACCCAUUGCUAAAAAGGCUAUUGAAGAAUCUGAGCCAAAACCUAAAAAGGAGCAUAUCAACAUAGUCAUUAUUGGACACGUAGAUGCUGGAAAAUCAACAAUUGGUGGUCAAAUAAUGGCACUUACUGGUAUGGUCGAUAAAAGAACUCUAGAUAAAUAUGAAAAAGAAGCAAAAGAAAGAAGCAGAGAAUCGUGGUACUUAUCAUGGGCCUUAGAUACUAAUCAAGAAGAAAGAGAAAAAGGUAAAACGGUUGAAGUUGGCAGAGCAUAUUUUGAAACCGAGAGAAAGCAUUUUACUAUAUUGGACGCACCUGGUCAUAAAAGUUUUGUACCCAACAUGAUUGGUGGAACGGCUCAAGCUGAUUUAGCUGUUUUGGUUAUUUCUGCUCGUAAAGGUGAAUUCGAAACUGGAUUUGAUCGAGGUGGACAAACCCGAGAACAUGCUAUGUUAGCAAAAACAGCAGGUGUAAAACACAUGCUGGUGUUAAUAAAUAAAAUGGAUGACUCGACUGUUCUGUGGUCAAAAGCAAGAUAUGAAGAAUGUAGGGACAAAAUUUUACCUUACCUGAAAAAGCUUGGGUUUAAUGUAGCUAAAGACUUAACAUUUAUGCCUGUGUCUGGUCAAACUGGUUUAGGACUAAAAGACCAGGUUGAAGAAUCUAUAUGCCCUUGGUAUAGAGGGCCAGCUUUUAUUCCAUUUAUUGACAAUUUACCUUUAUUAAAUCGUAGUUCAGAUGGCCCUUUUAUAAUGCCUGUUGUAGAAAAAUAUAAAGACAUGGGAACUGUACUCAUGGGAAAAGUAGAAUCAGGCGAAGCAAGAAAAACACAAACUCUAGUGUUAAUGCCAAAUAGAACAACUGUUAUUGUUGACCAAUUGUGGUCAGAUGAUGAAGAAGUUACCUCGGUUGGACCAGGUGAAAAUAUCAAAGUUAAACUGAAAGGAGUCGAAGAAGAAGAUGUCUCUCCUGGUUUUAUUUUAUGUGAUCCAAUUAAUCCAGUUAAAACUUGUCGUAUAUUUGAUGGACAGGUUGUCAUAUUAGAGCAUAAAAGCAUUAUUUGUGCUGGAUAUUCAGCAGUUAUGCAUAUCCAUUGUGUUGCUGAAGUAGUAGAAGUUAAGGCGUUAAUAUGCUUAGUUGAUAGAAAAACUGGAUUGAAAUCAAAUAUGAGGCCAAGAUUUGUUAAGCAAGAUCAAGUAGUCAUAAUGAGGCUUGAAUGUUCUGGUGUUGUCUGCCUUGAAGAAUUCAAACUUUUCCCACAAAUGGGUAGAUUCACACUUAGAGAUGAAGGUAAAACUAUUGCUAUUGGCAAAGUGUUGAAAAUAAUUGAAUAG